AAGCUAUUCACGCCUUCUUCGAGCACAGACACAUGCCGGCUGCCGCAGAAGUGUAUCAAUUAAUGUGGAAUAAUUCGUCCAUUCAUACUUUGAUUUUACGCUCCAUCUAGUCUUAAACUGGAUUGGUUAUACACCCAAUUCGCAUUGCGAUGCACAGCAGGUGCCUUCCACAAGUUCUUCUCGCCUUGUCAUCGCUUAUUUUUUCAAAAGCGCAGGAUUUCAUGGGAUCAGGUAUCUCCUGUGUCAGAUCGAGUCGUGCAGAUGACGGACAGACGCGUGUUACGUUCCUGCGAGAAGAGACAGCCGGCGCGCGCUCUCUGUACCUCACCCUGUGGUCCGAGGAUAAGCGACUGGUGACCUGUGAAGUCAAUCCUAGUCCAGUCGUCACGGAGAGAUACCUCGCUCUUUGUGAUGAAUGCAACACGCAAAGACAAGAAGUCAGUCAAAGGUUUAAUAUCAGCGCGUUGUUGGUUUCGGAUGCCCCGUGCGCUCCCCGCUUCUCUGACAACAGGAAGUUUUUCAGGAGAGCAAGACAAGAUGGAAAAGAGGGGAAAACUCGGAGUAGACGCAGCGUGAUAUUUCCAGGUACGCUGUGGUGCGGCACGGGAAGUAGAGCUCUUGGAUACGAACAGUUAGGGAUGUUUGAGGGUGCAGAUAGAUGCUGCCGUGAGCACGACCACUGUCAGCACAUCAUCCCAGCUUUCACUGUGAACUACGGCGUCUUCAACUCCAAAUUCUUCACUGUCUCACACUGUGACUGUGACCAAAGGUUCCGACAGUGCCUCCUCGGUGUGAAUGAUACCAUUUCCAGCAUGGUUGGCUACAGCUUCUUCAACAUCCUGCAGGUUCCCUGCUUUGAGCUCAAACCCCAUAAGCGAUGCACUGAGAUGUACUGGUGGGGGAUGUGCAAAGUAGCCAAUGUGGCUCCAUAUGCUUUCUUCAAAAGCCCCGUCCCUUUCAACACCUCUGAUCUUACAAGCCAAUAUGGGGACAACACAGACAGUACUAAGAUAACAGGUACUGGAGGGUGGCAGGUAACGGAAAGACCUGUGAUCAGCACAAAGUCACCCAAAAGUGAUCAUAGAUGUAGCUCCAGAGACCCACCCAGAGGAGACACUUUCCAUCGCAGAAGGAAGAAGGGGAAAGGAUGUAAAAGACACCAGAAAUUGUCUACAGUAGCUCCCUCGCAAAGGCCCUCAGUAACAACGGCUACUCCUUUGAUGAAAAUGGGUGUUUUAAAUGCCUCCAAUGGGAGCUCCUUGUUGUCAAAGAAAGAAAGAGUUGGAAAAAAGAAGAGCACAAGAAAGGUCAAGUCGUCCUUUACCACACAGAAGAGCCAAGUUUCUCUUAACGUGACCACAAUCCUUUACCCACAUACAACAUCUGCAACACAAAGCACCGCAUCUUUCACACACAAGCAGAACAUGCAGUUACAAAUUCCAACAGCUUGGACCAAAACCGCUGAAAGUAAGAAAAAAGUUCAGAAACAGACUCACUGCUGUGGACUUCCUCUGAGAGGUGUUGCUUUUCAGCGUCAUUGCAAAAGAUGUCCAAAACUGAAAGCAUCGGACAGGAUGACUAUUACAUCCUCAACACCUACAUAUAGAUUACCUAUAAAAUCUCUUGAGAAGCUGCAGCUUAAAAAGACAACUGAAAAAGACCUGAAACAAGACACCUUUAAAAAACUCCGGAGUAGAGCUACUUCUACAAAACCAAAGCAAGCGGUCUCCUCUCAUGAGGAGGUUAAGACACAAGGGAUGAAGAGUUCCCACCUGGUCUGGAAUAACACAAGACCGGAGUCCUUGGGUCGAACCAAAGCCCCAGCUACAGCUGCAGAGAGAGGCCUGACAGAAAAUCACCUCCUGUGUGAGAGCCUCAAACAUCUAGACGAAUGUCAAUACAAGAUCCCUCCUCUGGAGAAGAAGUAUGAGCUUCAGAACAUGGAGUCAAAGACGGCCUACCACUGUGAUUGCACUAGCCGCUUGGCUCUUGAAAUCAAAAGCUACAAGCAACCCAGUGUUCUCCCAACGCUGCUGAUGGAUUUUGUCUCUGAGUUCUGCUUUAAACCGCCAAAGGAGAGAAAGUGCCACAGCAAAAAAAGCUGUUCUGGAGGCUUCACUAAAGCUUCUGACCUACUUCGAGCACUUAAGAAGAUAGAAGGAAAAGCGACUGCUGUGGUUCGAAAUGCAGUCAAUGACAGGAAAAGAGGGAUUCCUGUUCGCCUUUCCAAGCGAUGCCUAAGGCUGCAGAGGGAAGCUGCUAUCAUGGCACAACUCACACGAUUAUAGGCUAAGCUGCUGUGUGCAGCAACAAUGAGUUUAAUAAGCUUUACAUUUCAUGCAGCAUUUUCUGUUUCUGUCUGAUGGUGUAAGAUGGCAGCAUGCAGAAAAAAAUCGAAGACCAAACCCUUGACUAUUGUAAUGUAUUUUUGUAAGUAGUAUUUGUAAGUAUGCCAAGGAUGAACAUUUUAUAUAUUUAUAAAGAACAAAUUUCAUCCUUCAGAAUGUGCAUUAAACCUUAAAAAAAGGUUUCUGUU